AAUUAUGUUUCCUAUCCCUAUAUUAAUAAUAAAUUACUUUGCAAUAAGAAAGCAGAAAUUAAAUUGUAGUUUAUAAAAUUUUGAGAUUUUGGGGGUAAAAGAAAUAUCAUUCAUUUUGCGAAUUAUUUUGCUGUUUUGCCGUGGUGGCGGAGGACUCCGGGGUUGAUUGAUUUGCAGGUCAAAUAACAGAAGACAGCCUCAUUCAAAUUAAGAGGUUUUUUUCCCGCCCUCUUUGGCUGUUUUUUUGUGGUCUGGAAGCCAAUUAUUUUGGAAAGAUUGCCUGCGGGCUUCUGCGAUUUGGUUGGUAUUGAAAGCAGGAUUCUUGUUCUCGUUCUAUACCUUGUGUGUGGUUGAGUAAGGCAACCUAUCGCUAUUCUGCACUUAAUUGGCUGUGUUGGAAUUGCGAGGUUUCAUUGGCAAUUUCUGAAGUUGGAGUACUUGAAACAGGAAUCAAAAGCAAGAGCAUGUGCUUUUAAAAGGAUAGGGCUGUUUACUAUUGAUAAUCAACUUUGUUGGUUCUCUUGCGUUAAUCUGUGAGGCAAUUUGGGUUGAGAACAAUGCAGACACGUGUCUGUUGAGAUUCAUUCAUUGAUUCUACUGAAUUGUCAUAGUGGAUCUAGGGAUUGUGGUAGAUUUACAGCAGGAGAAAGCUUAUCUUAUCUAAUCUUGUCUUUGGUUCAGUGAGCAUGUCAGCCGGUUAGAUGCCUGGUGAAGUUGUGAGAGAUAUAUAUAGUUAUAAAAGCAGGGGUUUAUGCAGAUAUGGAAUGUAAUAAGGAAGAAGCUCUCAGAGCAAAGGAAAUUGCAGAAAAGAAGUUUGAAGUUCAGGAUUUUAUUAGUGCUCGAAAACUUAUAGUCAAGGCUCAGCAGCUUUAUCCUGCACUUGAAAAUGUUCCCCAGAUGCUUGCAGUCUGUGAUGUGCAUUGUGUUGCCCAAACUAAACUGAAUGGAUGUGAUAUGGAUUGGUAUGGGAUUCUUCAAGUAGAAUCGACAGCAGAUGAUUCUGUUAUUAAAAAGCAAUACAGAAAGCUUGCGCUUCUCCUCCACCCUGACAAGAACAAAUUUUGUGGCGCAGAGGCUGCAUUUAAACUUAUCGGUGAAGCUAUGGGAGUACUGUCAGAUACCAUGAAGAGGACAUUACAUGAUAUUAAGAGGAGAGCUACAGUUAAUGGAAACAACAUUCAAUCAAAAGGGUCCCGGUUCCAAACUGCAGUGAGGAAUUCUUCUAAUGGGAACGUUGGAAUGCAACAACCAAAUGCAACACAGGCUAGAAUGCAAGCACAGCCGAACACAGAUGCAACUUUCUGGACAAUCUGUCCAUUUUGUACUGUAAAGUACCAGUACUUGAGGACAGUUGAAAAUAAAUAUCUUCUUUGCCAGAAUUGUCAUAGGCCAUUUGUUGCAAAAGAUUUGGCAGGAGGCAGUGGAGUAAACAUGGGAUAUACCUGGAAUGCAUCUUCUAUUCCACAGCAGCAAGAGUUUUCUAAACAAGGUGCCAAUUUUAAGGGUCCAGGUUCUGUUCCCUUCGCUGGAUUCACUCGUGAUUGCAACAAUGGUAAUCAGGAGUUUGCAACCAAUAAGGCAUCCCAAGGAGGUGUGAACAGAUCAGGAAAGGCGACAAAUAUCCCAGAUGAUCCUCAGGAAAAGGCCAAGGAGGAAGCUGCACAUAAGCAGCAAAUGCAAGAAAAAGCAAGGAUGGCUGCAGAGGCAGAUGCUGCUAGGAGGAAAAUGAAGGAAGAGGAAAAAGAGCAAAAGCGAAGGGAAAAAGAAGCUGAAAAGAAAGCCAAGGCUGAGGCAAAAGCUCGUGAAGCACUAAGGAAGAUUGAAACACAAAGGAAAGCCAAGGCAGAAAAAGGUACAGGCAAUGAGAAAACAAGGAAGAGGCUAAGGAAGGUUAAAAACAGUGGCAGUGACAGCGAUGAGAAUGCUGAUGUUACACUGGAGGAUAACUUGUCUGAUGAGCAAACUGCCCCAAGAGGAGAAGGUGAGUUUUACAGCCGACGAAGAUCAGCUAGGUCUAAACGAAAUGUCACUUAUAGAGUUGAUGGUAGUGAUGAUGAAGAUUUUGUUGACUUUCCACCUUCAAAGAGGCCUAGAGAUGUAAAAGAGGGGGCAGAUGAAAGCGUGAAGGUUUCUGCAGCAUCGUCAGGAGAUAAUGGCUCUCAGAAUGGUAAACUGCAAGCUGAAUCUGAUAAAAGCAAGAAACAAAAUAUGAGUCAAAAGGAUAAGAAAAAUAUGGGUCAAAAAGAUUCGCAAACUAUGGGACAAAAAGACAAGCAAAAUCUGGGUCAAAAGGAUAAGCAAAAUUUGGGUCAAAAGGAUAAGCAAACUCCAAGAGGUAAAGUUUCUGAUGAAUCUCAAGAUACAAAAGAUGAGAAACAUAACCAGAAAAAUAAGGUUGAAAAGAUAAAGGAAGAGAAGACAGAAGAGAAGGCAGAAGAGAAGACAGAAGAGAAGACAGAAAAACCAAUGAAGGAAACAGUUCAUUUAGAUAGCAAUAAAGGGAUUCAUCUAAACAAAAUUGGAAACAAAACAGUUAGAAAUAAAGACACUGAAAUUAUUUCUCCUGAAUCUCCUUGUGAAAAGCCCGAUGCUUCAUCCUCUUUAGGUCUGGAAACUUUUGAUGUACCUGAUGCAGAUUUUCAUGAUUUUGACAGUGCGCGAACAGAAAAGGACAUUUCAGAUGGGCAAAUAUGGGCUGCAUAUGACAAUAUAGAUGGAAUGCCUAGAUUUUAUCUUCGUAUCAACAAGGUCAUCUCCAUGAACCCUUUUAAAUGUCGCAUUUCCUGGUUGGAAUCUUGCCCUUUUUCCCAGGAGCAAUUAGACUGGGAAGAAGAGAACUUGCCAGUUGCUUGUGGAAUGUUCAAGAGAGCAAAAUCCGAUGUUAUGGAAGGGGUGAACACAUUUUCUCACGUAAUGCAGUGGGAGAAGUGUGUGAAAAAGGGAGCUGUGAACCUCUUUCCUCGGAGGGGUGAUAUCUGGGCCGUUUACAAAAAAUGGCAUAUUGGGUGGAAGAAUCCAGAAAAUGGUUCUCCCAAGUUUGAAUAUGAGAUGGUAGAAGUGCUAACUGAUUUCAGCGAAGAAAUUGGUGUAGAGGUUGUACUAUUGGUAAAAGUUGGUGGAUUUAAAACUAUUUUUAAGAGACAGAAAGUUCAAGGGGUUGAGCGUAGAAUGAAGAUUUCUCCUAAAGAACUCCUAAAAUUUUCUCAUCAAGUUCCUGCACAUAGAAUGAAUGGAUCUGAGGGUACUGGUGUUCCAAAGGGCGGUUGGGAGCUUGACCCUGCUUCUAUGCCUCCAGAAUUAUUUCGUAUAGAUGCAAAUAAAAGCAGUGCAUGAUAACAACGUCAUUGGUGUUGAAUCGUUGCCCGCUUGGUUUUGCUCCAAGAUGUUGAGUAGGAAAUAUAAACCAUCAAUAUUUCCUUCCGAUGUUCAGAACUCUUGGCAAGCAGUCUGGAAAAUGCAGCAUGACAUAUUGGAUAUUCUGUCAAUUUUUUGUGACGCGCAUCUCAAAGUAAUUGCCAGAUGGUAGUCUACGUGACUCAGGACCUUCAACAUGUAUUUGUUAUUUGUGAAAAAAUGUUGGAAGGAUUCAUUGUUAAUGAGAUGUCAAAGAUAACCUUGCGUAUUACUUCCAAGAGAAUUAUAAAUUACAAUGUCUAACAGGGAUGUUUUGGAAUCUAUAUUUUCGUCUAGUUCUUGUUUUAACUUUGAGGAAUUCAGAUUUGUCCAGGCCUUUAAUGCAGAAUCAGGCCAUACUGUACAGCUGUUCAUUACUAGCAUAACAUCACCCUUCAGCAGUGUCUGAACUGUGGAGUCUUUUUAAUUCAAGCAAAUUUAACUGCAAGGCCUCCAUGAAAUGGAUAAUAUUCUGCACAGAUAAGGGUUUUGCAUCUUUGAGGAUUCAUUUGUUUCUGUAAUUGCAUUUCCUGCAGCUUGAAAUCUUUUGCUGUUCAACAUAAAUCCUAUACAAUUGAGCAUGUAAAAUGAAAUCAAAAUAUGGACAUUGCGGUGCAAUCUGGUAACUAGUUAGCUAUGAAAGUUUCAUCAAGUAGUUUCUAA